AAACCCAGAGACCUCCAGACGUCCAGGCCGGGAGAGGCGCAGGAAAGUAACCAGAGCGGCUGCAUCCAAUUCCAAAGGUGGGAGGGGGAAGGAAGCGGAAAACAGGAGGAGUAGGGGGGGCGAAAUCCUGGAAAGCGGAAAACUACACACACACACAUACACACACACACCAGCGCGCGCGCAAAGAAGCUCAACUCGCCAACCUUGCCACUGCUCCAAGAGAAGAUACGUCUCCAAAGAGAGAUUCGCCUGUAAACAAAACUGAACCGAGGGAAGAAAUGAUCGCAACGCGCUCUCGCUGGCUUGUGUUUAAUAAUAAAGAAAUAAGAAGCAGGGGCGGCCGGCAGCAAUAGGUUUCCACUCCGGUGGCUUCUUCGGACCAGGCCUCCAAGAAGCGAUCAUCGCCGCCGCCUCCCUGUCAGAGGAAGGAGGCGGCCAGAAGCGCCGGUGCCAGAGAGAGAGAGAGGAGGAAGAGAGCGGGUUUCUGCUUCUGGGCACCGGGCGCAAACUCUCCCUCAUCGCCGCCGUUUUCUCCUUGGCCGCCGAUCGCUUCUUUCCCGCUGGAAGCCAAGUUGCGCGAGUGCGAGAGAAGUUUCCCCAUGAAGGACUGAAGCCCUCUCCGGCGGCUGCGCGCAGCUCCAAUGUGAACAAGGAAAGGAGCCGGCCGCCAAACUUUGCCGCCGGAGGAAGCGGGCUGCUGCUGCUGCUGCUGCUGCCGCUUCCCCCCACCCGCCUGCCUGCCCGCCGGGGGUGGUGGUGGUGCUGCUGCCCGGUGCUGCCCGCUGGCGCUGCGGUGCUCGUCUGGAGCAGGCUUGGCGUGCGCGGGCGCGCGCGGCGGCGGCGUUGGAUCCGUCCACGUACUGCGAGAGCCCGGUGUACAGCCCGGACGUGUGCCCCAACAUGAUCGCGGCGCAGGCCAAGCUGGUGUACCAGCUGAACAAGUACUACACGGAGCGCUGCCAGGCGCGUAAGGCGGCCAUCGCCAAGACCAUCCGCGAGGUGUGCAAGGUGGUGUCCGACGUGCUCAAGGAGGUGGAGGUGCAGGAGCCGCGCUUCAUCAGCUCGCUGAGCGAGAUCGACGCGCGCUACGAGGGCCUGGAGGUCAUCUCGCCCACCGAGUUCGAGGUGGUGCUCUACCUCAACCAGAUGGGCGUCUUCAACUUCGUCGACGACGGCUCGCUGCCCGGCUGCGCCGUGCUCAAGCUGAGCGACGGCCGCAAGCGCAGCAUGUCGCUCUGGGUGGAGUUCAUCACGGCCUCGGGCUACCUGUCGGCGCGCAAGAUCCGCUCGCGCUUCCAGACGCUGGUGGCGCAGGCGGUGGACAAGUGCAGCUACCGCGACGUGGUCAAGAUGAUCGCCGACACCAGCGAGGUGAAGCUGCGCAUCCGAGAGCGCUACGUGGUGCAGAUCACGCCCGCCUUCAAGUGCACGGGCAUCUGGCCGCGCAGCGCGGCGCAGUGGCCGCUGCCGCACAUCCCCUGGCCGGGGCCCAACCGCGUGGCCGAGGUGAAGGCGGAGGGCUUCAACCUGCUCUCCAAGGAGUGCUACUCGCUGACGGGCAAGCAGAGCUCGGCCGAGAGCGACGCCUGGGUGCUGCAGUUCGGCGAGGCCGAGAACCGCCUGCUGCUGGGCGGCUGCCGCAACAAGUGCCUGUCGGUGCUCAAGACGCUGCGCGACCGCCACCUCGAGCUGCCCGGCCAGCCGCUCAACAACUACCACAUGAAGACGCUGCUGCUCUACGAGUGCGAGAAGCACCCGCGGGAGACCGACUGGGACGAGGCGUGCCUGGGCGACCGGCUCAACGGCAUCCUGCUGCAGCUCAUCUCGUGCCUGCAGUGCCGGCGCUGCCCGCACUACUUCCUGCCCAACCUCGACCUCUUCCAAGGCAAGCCCCAUUCGGCCCUCGAGAGCGCCGCCAAGCAGACCUGGCGCCUGGCCAGGGAGAUCCUCACCAACCCCAAGAGCCUCGACAAGCUAUAGAGGAGCGGGAGGGGGAGGGGGUUGGAAAAGGCCGGGAGAAAGAGGGGCAGAAAUAAAAGACUGCGCGGAACCCGAAUUAAAGACAAAACUCUUAUUUAAAAACAAGAAGAGGAACGGGGAGCAGCGGGCAUCCACUCCCCACCAAAGCGCAAAAAGGACUCCAAGCCUAGCAGCGGGCACCGACGCUCUCCCUCUCUCCUUUUUUUAAAAAAAAAUAUAAAUAAAUUAAAAAGACACUUAAAAAACAGCGGCGGAACUUUACGGCAGCCAAACGAAACCCGAGGUACAUUUCAUUUUUCUCUUCCCCCUCCACCCCCCAUAUUAAGUGUAUGUCAUUCGUUCCCCCCGCUUUUCUCUUUCUCUCGUUCGUCUGCCUGAAUGUUGUCACGAAGUGGGGGAGGGGGAGAAACCAGAAUUAUUUAACUAUAUGUACUUUUUUUUUCUUUCGAAAGAAAGGGAUGGGGGAAGAGAACCGAACAGAAAGCCCCCAAGACACACGCGAAAAGUUUACUGAUGCUAAAUGUAUUUCAGUGCCAAGUCAGAUCAUGCGUCCUCCCCCUUUCCCCUAAGCUGACUUGUUCAAAACAGUAAUAAUAAUAAUAAAUAAUAAACAAAAUGGUUUUAACUUUA